AUGAUUUCGGCGGAAGACUAUAUUUUUCUGAGUUCUAUUUUUUAUCCUGUAUCUUCCACGCUAGCGGUGUCUGUGCAAUUUUUUUUAUUAUACCUGAUUGUCAAGCACUCCCCUAAACACUUGAAUUUUCUUCGAGCCACUUUAGCUCUAACAUCUGUUUUUCAAAUUAUUCUUAUAAUCGUAACGUAUUUUACACAAGUUCGGUAUCAGACUACUAAAACUCCAAUCGAGAUUUGGACUUAUGGCUACUGCAGAUUUUUUGAGCCAUGGAUAUGCAAUUGCUUUUACCAAAUUAUGCAGUUGAGCGUGUUGGCAAGUCAUCUUACAAUUUACGGAACUUUUUUCCUCAAGUACAGAAUGGUCACAAAACUACAGAUGAGCCAAGUUGAAAUUAUGAAAACGUAUGUUGUGUUCUAUUUUCCUCUCAUUUUAUCCACAAUAUUUGUCGUAAUCAUUUUCAAAACUCAAGUGUGGACGGUACAAGCGGAAGAAGAACUCCGCGUUGUGAACAUUGAUGGGAACAAUAGUAGAAUGUAUCUAAUCUUUGCAAUCUUGAACUACUCACACUGGCCAAAUACGUCAAAUCUCGUGAUUUACGGUGCAUGCUUAUUGGCUUCUCCCGUCAUUUGCUUUUUCUACAGGAAGAAUACUCUGAAACAUAUCAAAAACCAAGCUGGAAAUAUGUCUAUUGCUUGUCAGGAACAGUACAGAAGCUUCAUAUUGGGUCUCACUAUUCAAUGCAUUCUUCCUUGCGUUAUUUUUAUUCCACUAGAAUUUUUGUAUUACUACUGUAUCAUCACCAAAAACGAGCUUUUGUUUGUGGAGUUCUUUUUUCCAGUUAUAGUUGAACUACCGGCCAUGAUUGACCCUUUUAUAUCAAUUUAUUUUGUGACACCAUACAGAAAGUUGAUUAUCAAAUGGGUGCGAAAAAGAAAAACUCUGCAUAGAACUGAUACUUUCUAA